CAAUUUGGAGAAAGAAAUGAGAAAAACAAAACUCCCUUGAAACCUCAAAAUUCAUUUGCUUUUUUUUUUUUUUUUUUAAAUCAAAAAGGGAUUAGGGAAAUGAAAAUUUUGGGUAUAAUUAAUUAAAAAUGCUUUGGGAUUUCAUAUUCCUCCCAAAGCUUUCCAUCAAAAUUUCCUUCAUUUAGUUGUGUUCUACUACUACAUACAUACCCCAAGCAGUGUCCUCCUGUCUCUUUUAUAUCAUCCAACCAUUCUCUAUCCCCUUUCACUCUUUUUUCUAUUUCUUUUUUUAAUUCAAAAGGCGAAAAAGACCCAUUUCAAGACUUGGGCAUGUUCAAUUGGAGUGAAGGAGGCAGAAAUCCAACAAGUCUUGUUUAUGGAUUGGGUUUGGGGAAAGUUUUCUGGAGAACCCAAUUUUCCGGAAAACAAGCAGAACCCACCCUCCAGUUUCUCUGACUCGAUUGGCUCCAACAAGGGUUCCAGUCAAGAAAGUUCUUCCUCUCAUGGAUCCUCUAAAAGGACUCGAUUACUCCAUGGGAACCAAAACCAGACGUGUUUGGUGGAUGGAUGUGACACUGACCUCACCAAUUGCAAGGAUUAUCAUCGACGCCAUAGGGUAUGCGAUUCUCACUCCAAAACCCCUGUUGUGAUGGUGAGAGGAGAGGAGAAACGAUUCUGUCAACAGUGUAGCAGAUUCCAUUCGCUUGGUGAGUUUGAUGAGGUGAAGAGGAGCUGUAGGAAGCGGCUUGAUGGGCAUAAUCGACGUAGGAGGAAGCCUCAGCCUGAAUCACUGUUUAUGAGUUCAAGGGAUUUUCUGUCAAAUUGUAAAGGUCCAAUUGUGCUGCAGUUCAGUGAUCAACAGAUUCAUCAUGUGUCCGAUGAAAUUGGUAGGAGUUUAUGGCCUGUUAGGACUGAAGGUGAAAAGAAAUCUUCAGUGGUUCCAUCAAAUUCCUCUGCUUACUUCAGUUAUGGAAGAGGAGACAACAAAGAGUUGCCAUUUUUCCUGCAUAAAAAUGGCAAAAGACAAAGCAAGCAAAUGGUUUCUUCUCAGCUGUCUUUUAAUCAGCAACUUCCUGAUGUAAUCUCUCAGGGUAGCGAGGUGGACAACCAGAAACCAGUGACCACCGAUACUUCGCCCGAGGAUUCGGGUUGUGCUCUCUAUCUUCUGUCAUCACGCACGGUGCAAGCUCACUCAGAUGCUGGCUUGAGCUCUUUGGUUCAGUCCCAUCUGAGUGUUCCAGUCCAAACACAUGAGACUGAGCUGCAUUUCAGUAGUCUAAGUGACUUCUCUGGCUCCUUUGAUUCCAAGGACAAGCCUGUUUCUUCUCAGUUGGGUCUUGAAAUGGAAGAAGAAUCUGAUGGCUUGUUCCAAAAUGAGGCUCCACAUAAGUUUCCCAUUUCUUGGGAGUAGUUUGCUUCAACGAACUUGUCUGUUUUAUUUUUAUGGCUUUAGUCCAAGACUUUUGAAUUUGAACUUUUGUGUUCUGUGAUUGUAGACAGCAAAUGUAUUUUGCUGGUUUGUUUUCUCAGUUUCCGUGACUGCUUUGACAUUAUCAUUUACACUGGGAUUCACCUCCGCAUUGUGAGCACGUUACAAUAUCUUUCGUGCCAUUUUGUAACACCUACGGCGAGGGAUCCUAGUGAUGAAUUAUUGUUCUGUUCGUCUUCUAGACUUGUUUUUCGAAUCAUGUUUUCUUUGCAA